ACCAUAUGCCUUUCGUGCAUGGCCGUCUUUAAAUUGUGAUAGUUUUGAAAUGUCAGGUGUCACAACUUUGACAGUUCGAAAUGAAAAUGAGUUUGACGAUAAAUUCUUGAUAUUCCGUGUAACGGUUCGAUUGCGGCAAUGAUCACCUCAUAAAGAAAAUAAAAGCCCAAUCGAAGAAAAAGUGAGGUUAGGUGAAAAUGUACGAAAGUCCGAAUUCUUUGGAAGAUUUGUGUUUGGACACGAUUUGUGACAAUAUUCUCAUUUACGUGAAACUCGAUCAUACAAAUGCGGGAAAACGUUAUAAAUUCGCCGAUCCUGAUUUGUUCCUCUUCAAGGAACUGUCAGAGAAACUUUUAGGGAAAUUCCUCGAGAAGAAUAUCCUUUGUGACGCCUUAAUGUUUAUAUUUAGUGAGAAGAACACGAAACUGAGCACUGUUAAAUUAAAAAAUUGCAAAGUGACACAGAACGGACUUGAGAUACUUAAACAGCACAAGAUUUUAGAUUUAGAAUGUGUCAAUUUGAAAAAUGUGUGUAUAGGAAAUAUUAUUGAUUGUCUCAAUGAACACUCAAUUAGAAACAUGACGAAUGUGAAUUUCGCUAAAUGCUCGUUUAUCGACGUGCAGAGGCACAGUUUGAUGGUGAAAAUUACACAAUUCAAAAAUCUACGCUCUCUCAAUUUGGCGUACACUGAACUCAACCAACACUGCUUAAAUAUGAUUUGUGAGGACCUGAAACUACUGGAAAAACUCGACAUUUCGGGAACUGGCACGGGGAUCAAGGACCUUAGCCCUCUGAGGCAACUCCUCAACUUGACGAGUCUCGCAAUCAGCGACUUGUCGCAGUCAGCUAACUACGUCUCGACGCUCACCCACCUGUCCACCUUACGGCACCUCGACGUGAGCGUUUUCAACGAAAAACUCGACCACUUGACCACCUCCAACGUCGUCAAACUCCUCGACGACGUCACAACGCUCCCCCAUUUAGUCUCGCUCGAUGUAAGCGGCUGGCGUGACUUUAUCCCGACUGAAACCCUCCUUAAAUACGUUGAAACUCACCCCAAGUUAGAAUUUCUAGGUAUCGUCCUUACCGACUGUACGUUCGAUUCGCUGUUCAGUUCUACCAACCAGUGGCCAAAUUUGACAAUCGCCGGUUUGGGAAACGAAAAUCAGAUUAAAGUCACGUUAAAGAAGUAUAGAGAACGGUCGAAUUAUGUACAAAAAGCGCUCUAUCACCUGUUUCAAUUGACGAAUUUAUCGCCGGAUGCGCGUCCCGACAUGUUUAAUUUGGUACUUCCGGUCAUGGCGGCACAUUCGAAUAAGUUUGGCGUGCAAAUGGCCGCCACUGCGUGUCUGUAUAAUCUAACACGGGGUGAUUUGAGUAAGAAAAUCCAUCCAAAGUCGUUGAGUCGAGGGGUGAAUCUCACCCUGUAUGCGAUGGAGUGUUUCCCCGAUGAGUUUCAGUUGCAGAAAAAUUCACUUUUGACGCUUUGCAGCGACACCAUAUUGCAGGAGAUAAAUUUUGAUCGUUUUCGGUGCGCAAAGUUAGUUUUGGACGCCCUUUGUACGUUCGAAGACGUGAAUAUGAAUCGGAUGGCGGUUGCAAUUUGUAGUAUUUUGGCGGCGAAAGUUAGCACCGAAGAAACGUCCGAAUUGGGGGCACGCCCCGUUUACAUGCGUAAACUACUCGCAAUGGUUCAGAAUCGGGUCGAGUCGGGCGUUUCCGACAUCACUCUUAAGUUCACACUCAGCGCCCUCUGGAACCUUACCGAUGAAAGUGCCGCCACCUGUACGGUUUUUCUGGAGCAAGGUGGCGCCUACUUGUUUUUGAAAGUUUUGAAAACGUUUAAAGACGAUAGUGCAAUUGAGACGAAAGUUUUAGGUUUGUUGAAUAAUAUAGCCGAAGUUGUGAAGCUGAGGCAUAGUUUGAUGAUGGAUCCGUUGAUGAAUGAGUUGUUUGUUUUGUUAAAAUCGGAAAAUAUUGAUGUUAGUUAUUUUGCGGCCGGGAUUGUGGCACAUUUAGCUUCAGAUGGGGCUGAGCAAUGGACGGUGGGGAGUCAUACAAGGGAGGAGAUGUUGGGGGAGUUGAAAAAUGCGGUCUCGCAAUGGAAAGUGCCAGAUAGUGAAAUGGUGGCCUAUCGCAGCUUUAGGCCGUUUUUUUCACUGUUGAGGAUCGAGAUGGACUAUCAGGUGCAGCUGUGGGCGGUGUGGGCCAUACAUCACGUCUGUACCAAAAAUCGUAAGUGCACCUACUCCUGGCACAUGGGCAAAACGGUACUGCGUCAUGUUACAAGACGAAAACGGCCAUCUCCUCCUCAGCGACUUGAUCAAUUACACCGACUCCCAUCCCGAUAUUAAAUCAAUCUCGUCUCAGAUCCUCGAAACGGUGGCUGGCCACGUUUGAAGAUCUCCAGCAGCAUUAUUGUGAUUUACCCAUAAUUCUCAGUUACUUUUUACUUAGGAUUGUUACCACUGUGAGAUAAUUAAGUUGCGCCCAACUCCCCCCGUUGUAUAUUUUUAUUACGUUGUCGAUUGGUUGUGUUUUAAGACGUGCCAAUAUGUAUAAUGUCCUGUACAAAAGAUGUAUAAAUGUUUACCUAGUCAAAUAUAUCACGCGUUAAGACAA